AUGGUCGUUUUGGCAGCAUCCAUCUGCACGCGCGGCGGCAAGGCCGUCCUCUCACGUCAAUUCCGUGAGAUGCAGCGAUCCAGAAUCGAAGGUCUUCUCGCCUCUUUCCCUAAGCUCGCCGACAGUGGUACCCAGCACACAACAGUCGAGCAAGACAAUGUCCGCUUCGUCUACCAGCCCCUUGACGAGCUAUACAUGGUCCUCAUCACCAACCGCCAAUCCAACAUUCUCCAGGACAUCGACUCGCUACACCUCUUCGCACAGGUUGUUACCAGCAUCUGCAGAAGCUUGGACGAGAGAGAGAUUCUGCGCAAUGCCUUUGAGCUUCUCAGUGCUUUCGAUGAGCUUGUCACUCUGGGUUACCGCGAGAACCUCACCCUGAGUCAGAUCAAGACCUUCCUCGACAUGGAAUCGCACGAGGAGCGUAUUCAAGACAUCAUUUCAAGAAACAAGGAACUUGAAGCCACCGAGGAGCGCAAGAGAAAGGCCAAGCAACUCGAGAUGCAGCGCAAGGAAGCCACCCGUUCUGGUCGCAGCAACAUGCCCAGCGCUCCCUCAUAUCCCACCUACACCCCGCCGCCUACUCAACCAGCCGUCACCGAUACCUACGACUCGUACAACGCGGAGAAGAACAAGUCCUUCCAAAAGUCGCUCCCCGCCAGAAGCAAGGGUAUGCAGCUUGGAAAGAAGACGAAGACGACAUCCAUGUUCGAGCAAGUCCGUGGGGAUCUCGGUCCCGAGGCAGAGGCCCCUCUUAUUCCCUCAGCACCAGCUGCCAGCGCUCCUGUCCAAGCCGCCGCCCCUGCCACUUCUUCCGAUCGCGAUGGCAUCCAUAUCACAGUCGCCGAGACCAUCUCGGCCAAACUCAGCCGAGAAGGCUCCCUCGAGUCCUUCGAAGUCAAGGGUGACCUCCAGCUUCGCAUCACCGAUCCCUCUCUCACACAAGUUCAACUCGCUCUUGCAUUGGGCGACACCCACGGCGCACAGCUCAACUCGCAUCCCAAGGUCGAUAAGACCGCCUUCAAGAACGACAAGAUCAUCCAACUCACCGACACUUCAAAAGGAUUCCCCGCAAACAACUCUAUCGGUGUCAUGCGUUGGAGAUUGGCUGCAAAGGCUGAGGACAUCAGCGAUCCUCCCAUUACAUUUACCGCUUGGGUAAACGAGACUGGAUCUGGCACUUACAACAUUACCCUGGAAUACGAGCUUACUGGUGGAGAUGCAUUGAACGAUGUUACUGUUUCGAUACCCUACCAAACCAGCGAGCCUUCUGUCUCUAGCUUCGAUGCUGUGUACGAGGUUUCUGGUGACAGCAUUGACUGGACUAUCGGCGAUGUCGACGAUACCAACGCAACCGGCAGUUUCGAGUUUGAGGCUCAAGCAGAGAGCGAGGCUGAGUUCUUCCCCAUGAGCGUCCGCUUCGCAAAGACUAGACCAUAUGUUGAUGUUGAUGUAUCAUCGGUAACUCUUUUGAACAUGGGCCAAGACGUUUCUUUCUCAAAGGACAUCAAGUCGGUGGCGGAUGGAUACCUGGUGGUUUAA